CAUAUUAAAUCUCAACAACCAUAUAUAAUUCUUGAAUAAAAUGUACAUUUUUAUAAUUUUAAUAUAGCAAUAAAUAUUGGAUGAAAGCAAAUUUUCUCAUAAAAAUUAAAGCUAAUUAGUUAAAUUUAUUGGACACAACAAAAUAUUGGUUUAACGUAUUACUAGUAUUUGAUUGUAUAUAAAAUACAAAAAAUAAUAAUAUUAACAUACCUAUGCAUAAACUAAAUAAUCAUAGAACAAUGGAAACAAUGCAAAAUGAGUGGAUACUUAAAGUUAAGAAAGAAAUAAAUGAACCUGAAAAUGUACAAAAACCUAUACAACAAUUACGAGAAUUAAUAAAAGGAGAAAUUAAUCUCAAUUCAAGGUUGGAUGAUGGGUUUUUGUUAAAAUUUUUAAGACCAAAAAAAUUCAACGUGACUGAAUCAUUUCAUUUGAUACAAAGGUAUUAUAAGGCAAAAAAAAAAGAGUCGUUAUUAUUUAAUGUUUCCUUGGAAAAAUCUGUCAUAAGACGGCAUUUAGAGACUGGUGCUACAACUGUACUACACAAAAGAGAUCAUGAAGGACGAAGAGUUUUUAUUAUUCAAAUAAGCAAGUUAUUACGUGAUAUUAGUUUGGAAGAUAUUGCAAAGGUAAAUCAUAUGAUGUUUGAACUAUUGACAGAAGAAUCUGAAACUCAGAUGGCUGGGAUGGUGAUAAUUAUCGAUUGUAAAGGGUUUAAUUUUUAUAACCAUUACAAGUACUUGUCGCCGUAUUUCGCUAAAAGAGGUGCAAAUAUUCUUCAAGAUAAAUUUCCAAUAAGAUUCGAAGGGGUUCAUUUUGUAAAUGAGCCUGUGCAUGCAUUUACAUUGUACUCAAUAAUAAAACCAUUCCUGAAAGAAAAGUUACGUAGUCGGGUUCACUUUCAUGGAAGUAAUCUUGAUUCUUUAUAUGAGUGUAUAGAUAAAAAUUUACUGCCAGAAAAUUUUGGUGGGACUCUUGUGCAUGAUCCAAACAUUUGGGUGCAAAAGUUUUUAAACAGUAGAAGAUAUUUUGAUGAUAUGAAACAAUAUGGAUACAAAUAAUAAAAGAAAUAUAAAACUAAAAACUCUAAAGAUGGUCUAAAUGACUUUACAUCGUAGGGACAGUGUAAAAAUCUUUUACUUUAUUACUUUUGUAAUUGUUUUUGAUUUAUCUAGUUUUACUAUAUUAAGAAUAAUUUACUUAAUGUCAAACAAGUGCAUUUAUUAUUAAUUUUUAAUUACUAAAAAUUAAUCAAAAUGAUUUAUUCAUUUAUUUAAGAACAUUUAACCAAUUAUAAAUUAAAAUUGUUACAUAUUAUUUUAUAACUAUUUCCCCGCCAUUUUACUGUAUAAAAUUAAAUAGUGAUGAUAUAUCUAUUGCCAUUAUAUUAAAAUUUCGAGUAAUUUGAAAUAACUUUAAUAAAAAUAUAUUCGUUUACGCAACACUGCUGAGCUGGUAAUCAUUAUGUGAUAUUGUCAAUUAGGAUUAAUAGAAAUCAUGUCUAUAUACCAUAUUUUUUAUACACAUAUUUGCUUCGUAAUAUAUUUAUUACGAAUUGUAUAUAUGCGAAAUGUGUUUUAUGAUACAUAGUAUACUAAGUAUCAUAAAACACAUUAAAAAAAGUCCUACUGUUUGAUCCAUUUUCUUUUGUGUGUUAUUAUUGUAUGAGAUAAGCGCGUUUAACUGGUGCGUAUCGGUUUUUUAUAUUGUAUUAAUAGUAGUCGAACAAUGAACUUGUCAUCGUAAGGGGCGGAAUGAUGCGCACGCUAACAUGUGUAUACAAAAUAAAGUAUUAUAAACUAAGUUAAAAGUUUUAAGUUUUAUCUCGUUCUUAUUAAGUAAAUAGCUAAAAGUAAACGUAUUAUACAGUCUACUCUGAAACCGAAACACCUACAACAUCUCAUUUCACAUCAAAAUUUAAUCGUAUUUACAAUAUGCUUAAGUAUUUCAUUGUUAUUAAUUA